AUGGAAAACCAACCAGGGAUUUCACUCAAGAAUAAGCCUUACUUUAACGACUGUAUAAAGUGGAAUGAGGAUGGUCAGUUGGUUAUCUGUUUAGCUAACCAAGUUCAUAUCAUGACACCUAUUCUUGUGGGCAUGACUUCAAAAAAAGAAACCUAUAGCCACGCUGGUUUAUUCUUACCUCCUCUUGAGAAAAAGACAGAAAAUACGAUUAUUACCAAUAUGGAACAUGUUCAGACCUCUUAUUUAAAUGAAGAAGGCUUUCGUUGUGCCAAUUGGUCUUCAGCAGGCUUAUCUUCUUCUCAAAGUCCUUUCUUGGUUGUAGUGACAACCAAACAUCGUGUCUUGAUCUAUCAGAGUCCAACGAAAGAUGCUUUAAAUUCAGACUGGAAAUUAGCAGAAGAUUUGACAAAUCGCAUUGAACACCAUCAAAUCAAGCAUACCCACCCUACCAAGAUCAACCCUUUUCAUACACUAUAUGCCAGUUGGUCAAAGCGAUUAAUACCUAACUCAUUGGCAACAAAGCCAACAUUACUUGCCUUAAGCAACAAAGCAGGCGAUGUCAACAUUUGGACCUACACAAUUGAUACUGGGUUCGAAUUUGCCACUGUUAUCACACCACAUACAUCUUUUGUCAACUUAUUAGACUGGACAGAUUGGAAGAAAUUGAACGAGACAACAUACAUGACUUAUGUUGUCUCCAGUUGUACUGAUGGUACAGUGGCUUUGUCUAAAGUGCAAGCUGAACUCUUGGUGACUGAAAAAAGGACAUGGAUUCAAAAGACAGAAGCCAAGGUUGUGCAUACCUGGUUUGAUCAACAACCAGGACAUAUCACUUUGAUCAAGACCACAGAUAACUUCAAUACAGAUCAUGAACCUCGUAUUCAGAUUGCUUUAUGCAAAGGUGUCUGUCUCUAUCUAAACAGUUUCACCUUAGAUGCAGUAGAAAGUGAAUGGAAGAGUGUGGAUUUAGCCCAUUCUAUGCUGGGAUUAGCAGGUGGUGUUUGGCAAGGCAAUGUAUUUACUACCUAUACUAUGGAAGGAGAAGGGAUCUCGAUCGAUAUAGACACACUAGCCAUGGACUCACAAACCAACGCUGUACUGAACGUAAAGCUCUUACAGAAAUACAAACAGCAAUGGGCAGAAGAACAAAUGAGAGUGGAUGAUCAUAUUAUUGGUGCUUCAGAUGCUACACCGUAUGUCUGGGGCGCCUGUGAUGCACCUCAUCAUUUGUUUACGGCUAUUUACUUUAGUUUGAUACCGAAUGUGGAUGUACGUUAUGGACCAGAAUCAGGUGAAGAUUCUACUUUGGCUUUUAUUUUACAAAAAGAGCGUAAUCAAGAUAUCGAUAUACUUUGCAAAGACAUUGAUGCUUAUGUGAAUGAUCCUGAUUUCAUCUUUGUUCGGUCCAUCAAAGGGUUAGUGCGUGAAAUAUUGCAAUACCUUGUAGACGAUGAUAUGUCAAAGCCAUUUUAUACUUGGUUAGAAAAGUUGUGCGAGUAUUUUAAACAAGAACCCUCUAGUGACUAUGAUGAUAUGACCCGAACAAUCUACAGUGAACCAAGCAUGAUUGCCUCUAGAAUCUUGGUCAAUGCCAAUUUAGAAUUAAAAAACUAUAGUCCUCAGGUGUUUGAACAUGAAUUAAAGCAGGCUUAUACUAGUGCUAGUGCUUUAAUUCAAACGCAUUAUUUAAGCACGAUUCUUGGCUUUGCUUUAAACUUAUCAGAUCAAGAGUUUGUUGGAUUGAGCGAACAAGAUAAGAUGGUCUUGUUACUGCUGUCGGACACAGCUGUUAUGACAGGCAAUGAUGCCAUGAUUCAAAAGAGUAUGGAAAUCUAUGCUCGACUUCAAGACAAAUUCCCUGAUUUAGAUCUAUAUAAAGAAAUCAGUUAUGUUACUUCAGCAAAAGAUGCAAGUAUUGUAUUUGAACCUAAAGCAAGAGAGAAAUGCCUUGUGUGUCAAGCGCAUGUUCAAGUCAUCAAUAGCAGUUCUUUGGCUCAAUGCGAUGCUGGUCAUUUCUGGGAACUCUGCAGUAUGACAAAGCGUGUUUUGCAUUCUCCCAUUACACGCAAAUGUGUUUCUUGUGGAGCUAAAAGCUUAUAUCCUGAUGAAAAAGAAAAUACACUGAUUACGAAUGUUAUCCUUACUCAUUGCUCUUGGUGCAUUCAUUGUGGUUCAGCUUUAGUUGUCUCUUAG